CCAACAGAUAGGACUCCAUUAAAUAAAAAAGAAAACUCAGAUGUAUCAAAGCUGUCUGAUUUCUUUCGUUUCACAAAAUUACUGCACUCAAGAUCAUCACAAUGAGUGAAAUGACAGAGCUCGAAGGCCCACAACCAGGUUUUCAGAUCAAAGAGGAUCAUGUCGUUUUCAACUUCGCAUCUGGUCGUGACAGAAGAAAAACAAACGCUUUGCCAAUUCGCGCAUCAGUCCAAGAGCAGACCGCAAUUUUCAAAAAGCACAUUGUGGGAGCGAUCCCCACGGUUCCAGUUGGAUUUACCACGACCAACAAAAAGCAAUUAGCGUCAAUUGGGAUCCAUCGUGCCAUCCAAGCAGGUAUCGAUGGCUCAGUCGAAAUCGGCAAAGUUUUCAGCAUUGUAAUGUCUGGCGGAUAUGAGGAAGAUGAAGAUCGAGGAGAAGCUAUCGUGUACACGGGCAGCGGCGGUCGCGACAAGACUACUGGGCAGCAAACGUUCGAUCAAAAGCUUGAAGGCCGCAAUAUGCUUCUGGCAAAGUGUUGUGCUACGCGCGUGGAUGCUGCGAACGGGGCAGAUGCUGGAGAAAAUUGGCGCAACGGUGUACCGAUCCGUGUUGUUCGUGGCGUAAAAUCUUCCAAACAUGAUACUUCGAACUACGCUCCUGGUGAAGGCUAUCGCUACGAUGGGAUCUAUAAAGUUGAGUCGUAUUGGCCAUCCACCGGCUACACUGGCCAUCGUGUGUGGCGCUACCUCUUGAGACGCGACGAUCGGGCUCCUGCACCAUGGUCACUGCCAAAUGGUCGCAGAUUGAUGAAACAAGUGGCGCCACGCGUUUUCCGUGAAGCAGACUUUAACAAGCGCAGUGACUACAUGAUUACAUUUCACUCUGUUCUUGCACUGUGGAAGCUGCAUCCUGGCUUUACAGAGGGCACAGCGAGACCUUACCCAGGUGCAACGAAGAAACGAGAUAAGGAGGAUUUCAAUGUGGAUUUAGAGAUUCCAGAGAACGUAAUCUUUAAGCCACGGGGAAAACUCUUGGAAGCGAUUCAUCACGACAAAAUGAAUAUGCGCGUAUGGCAAAGAUUGUUCACCCGAUCUUACCAAAUUGCAACUGGAAUUCGCGAUUUGAUGUCGUUCUGUGAGGUCGCUCUUACUCAAAUGGAAUUCCUUUGCCUGCUGUGCAAAUCGAGUGGAAAGCCAAGAGAUCCCCUCGUCAUACCACUUGUUCAUCACAACUGUUACCACUGUCUCCAUUGCGACCAUAACUUCUGCAGAACGUGCAUCGACAGAUUCAAGAAUCGUGGUAUCAAGUCAUGUCCGAAUUGCCUGCGCGCAGAUCCCCUCUACAAUUGUACCACUCUGAAGGCUGUGUUUCAAUCGAUGAACGUUCCGCUGGCUCGGUAACUCCUAGAAUAUUAACAUUAUCGAGUAGACUCCCGUACAUACAUACAUACACAUAUACACAUAUAUAUCUUGUAAAAAAAUUACGGUAAGCAUCUCGUUUGUGGGCCAUGCGCAUUUGCGAGGAGAAGCUACUAAAUACCAUCAUUUAUGCUAACUACAUAAGUUCCCUGUGAAUCACCUAAUAUAUCUUGUUAACCUGUCACAUAUCAUCAAUAACAAAAUAAGUAUCUUUAGC